GCUGUUUGUAUGGAGGGCCAGAAGGUGCUUUUGGAGAAAACUGGAUCCCAGCUGGGAGAACAGGAACUGCCAGACUUUCAACCGCAAACUCCCAGGAGACAUCCCAGGGAGGAGACAUCCCAGGCAGGAUCUCAGGAUCAGCCGAGCCCCCGUCAUUGGGAAAAAUCCCUGCUCCUCCAGGAACCAACCUCCAGAUUGGCUGAGACAGAGACCCCCAGGAUGCAAAGUGACAACAAGGAGAAUCCACAGCAGGAAGGGGCUAAAGGGGCAAAGCCAUGUGUGUUGUCAGUGGGCAGACCGAAAGGGAGUGGCCUGCAGAGUCCCGAACCCAGAGGGGCGAGUCUGAGUGAGCCCCGGCUGUCCCAGAGGCAGGUCAGCGCCCCCAGCGCCCAGAAGCCCUUUGCUCACUACCAGAGACAUUGCAGGGAACUGGAGUACAUCGGCGCCCCCCUGAAAAACCACCCACUGAGAGAGCUAAAGAAGAGCAAGGGGAGCAGAAGGAGCCUGAGCAGCCGCCUGCAGCGUCUCAGUCACCAGCCAGCCCGCUCGGCAAAGAAACCUUACAAAUGUGAUGAAUGUGGGAAAAGCUUCACGUGGAAUUCAGAGCUGAAAAGGCACCAGCGAGUCCACACGGGGGAGAGGCCCUACACGUGUGGAGAGUGUGGGAACUGCUUUGGCCGGCAAUCCACCCUGAAGCUGCACCAGCGGAUCCACACCGGGGAGAAGCCAUACCAGUGUGGUCAGUGUGGGAAAAGCUUUCGCCAGAGCUCCAACCUUCACCAGCAUCACAGGCUCCACCAUGGGGACUGAGGGCAGGCAGGCCUGGGUCCUCGCUGUUCACAAGGAAGGUACUUGCAUUCCUCCUUCCCCUCACUCGCAUGUAAAUCACAAAGACUGUCUGCGUGACUUACAAGGAAGAAAGCAAGAGGUGCUUGUCCAGGAGGAGGCUGAAGGGGACCUGACGUGCCUGGUGAUGGGGAGGAAGUGGCAGGUCUGGGCCUUGGGUCAGAGAGCACUGGGUGAAGAGCGGGGAGUCCCACUGAGGGAGAAUCAGGACGAUCCUGCAGGCGUGCCCCACACCUUGAUGUUAACUCUCCCCCUGCUGCUUUAUUUAUCCUCUAACUAUGUUCAAGGAUAAAUCUUACAUAUAGUUACGCAUUUGCUUCCAUAGCCGACAAUCUAUCAUGCGCGCACUCUUUUAAUAAAGAUGAGUGAUCCGCAAGAAUUUCAAGGCAGAAGUUCAUUGGAAUGUAAAUCCCCUAAUAUUCUUCCUGUCAUUCCUGGCUGUUCAUAACAAAGACGCGUGAAGUGGAAGUGUGGAUCUGCUUGUGUGAGGAGGGGUCUUCAAGUAUUGGUGGUGUUAACAAAAUAAACAUACACAUACA